AUGAUGUACGGAUCGGAGACUUGGGCAGCACCAUCAACGGUUAUGGAGAGGCUUGACUGCACGGAACGAAAGCUGCUUAAACGGUUACUUGGCUACUUUUGGCCUAGGGUAUGUCACAAUGAAGAUCUUUACGCAGAAAUUGAUGUGGUAUACCGGCGGAUGACACGUGGAAAACACCAACAUCUUGCACCGCCAUCGAAAGUGGCUAAAGUAAAUCGUCUUCGCUUCUUUGGUCAUAUAUUAAGGAGACCGGCAGAUCGCCUUGUUCAACGAGUUUUGAGGAGUUCGUGGGGUUCGAGCUGGAAGAAGCCACCUGGCCGAAAACGGAAGUUCUGGACUGAGGCGGUGAAAGAGGACCUGAGGACACUCGGCGUGGAGAGGCAGUUCAGGCGAGACGUAAGGUUUCGCAGAGUAUGGAAUAGCGACGAAUGGAUUGAUUCUGAGCAAGCUCUCGCAGCAGGAUCGAGAAGGGUGGGGAGAGCUGUGUUAAAGGACGGCACACCACGGCGAAGAUGCGGGGAAACGGGUCAGGGGAUGACAUAA